CUGCCGCGUACCGCCAAACUUUUGUGCUGCAGCUGUUCGUAGCCACAUUUACCAUGUGUGCAGUUGAAAAAGCUUCAGUUAACAUUAUUUAUAUUUUCAUGUUAAUCAACAGUAAGACGGAUAUUUAUUGUUUAAAAAGAGCAGGCUAACAUUUGGGUUAGGCUUUUUCAGAACUGAAAAUGGCAGGCGUGGAUAAUCAAACUUCAGAUAACAAUACUAUGUUCAGUCACCAUGGAAACCGAUGGGGUGCAGAUGCUCUGUGUGAACGUCACAAAACAGGCAGAGGAAGAUGAACAAGCGCAUGGUGUCUCGGGCGAUGAACAAGUGAGCCUUGUAGUCAGUGAGACUGGGACUGAUGUGGAUUCUAUGGUCGGGGCUGCAGUUGAAGAAGACACUUCACAGGAAGGCACCUCAGAUGAUACUCUGGCCAAGGAUGAGUCCUCGGCAUCAGAUGGUUGCCAUGGUGAUGGGCAACAUGAGUUGGAUGAAUGUGCAGCCAAGCAGUGUGACUCUGUCAGUGACAAGCCAGUGGUGCCCCUAGAGAUUGUCAAGAGUCCUUGGGCCCCUGAGGCCGAGGUGAUUGAGAUAGCUUUAAACAGUGAUGUUGGCAAUAAGCUGAGCUCAGUCUUUCACAUUGUCAUCGAUCAGCCUAUUCCAGCUACUCGAGCAAGAAAUCAUGGUUCUGAAAUAACACCUUCCAGCCCCCAAGCUUCGAUAGAUGGCACUGUCUCCACCGAUUCCUUAUCUGGCCAGGCUGUUGCCUCCCAAACCCCCAGCAGGGCUGUUGGAUGUCUGCCCCAGCCAGAGCUGCGAGAGUUCCCACCGAACUGCCCAACAUGGGCAACUCGUCUAAAAGACUGUCAGGAAAUUGGCAACUCCUACCGGGGCUACGUUGACAAUGAGGUAGAGCUUGACCUUUUGCUCGUCUACCACAGGCAGCAGACAGGGACAACAUGGGGUACCAGACAGUCACCCAGCUCAAGUCGGGAGUCCAAGCGACUGAUGUGGAAGUCAAACUAUGUGCCUUACGACGGGAUACCGUUCCUCAAUUUGGGAAGUCGAGCAAUCGUCAUGGAGUGCCAGUAUGGCCCGCGACGAAAAGGAGGCCCUCACAAGAGACCCGACAAUCCCAAGAAGGCUAGUAAGGAGGCCUGCACGUGCCCCGCAAGAAUUUAUGUGAAGAAAGUGCGUAAGUUUCCAGCCUUUCGGGUGAACAUUUCACCAGACUUGGACAAGAUGACAGUCAAGCGCAACAUGGACAAAAUGUUUCAGGUCAUGAAAGACAUUGGUGUGGAUGAAAUCCCAGGUGUUGAAAGAUUUUACGUCCAGCUGCCAACUAACCAGGCCCACCAGUAUCACAGAACCCCAGAAUACCAAAUAAGGAAGGAUCCUGUGACCUUGGACUCGACAGCCAAGUCCAGGUUGCACCCGGAGCUGUGUGAAAAGAUACAGGAACUGGUUACCAAUGGAGAAAUAAAUGCCUACGUCAUUAGGCAGAUAUUAAGAGCCCAUGUGACCCGCACGAUGUUCUGUGGAGCCAGUGUCCCUGAGCGGCACAAUCUCUUCUAUUUCCCAACCAUCAACGACAUCAAGAACCAUGUGCUACUGGCACUAGCAGCCAUCGAAAGAGGAGAGUUGGAAGCUGUCGUUCCCGUCACGAUUUUAGAUGCCCGUGCCAUCACAGAACCCCCACCAUCAACAAUGAGGUCCUCCCAGAUGGGGCAACCAUUUAGCAACCAGCUGUGGGAAUCAUCUGAGGUCCAGGACAGCCCCGAGAUCAAGCCAGCACCAUCCAGGCACCAGAUGUGGCCGGCUGAUACAAGCCAACCACACACCCAGUCCGUCACACUGACACUAACGCAGAAUCCAGAUGAGGGAGGGAGUUUCAUCUCCCAGGUUGAGACCCAACUGAGUGAUGGCACGACCUUUAUCUCGGAUUCGCUCACCCCGGAGACCGCACGGCUGUUGUCCCAGAUUAACCAGCACUGCCAGGAGGUACAAGAGUCAGCGGAUGACACUCUAGCUAUGCAUCAGAUUGUCCCUUGUGAGCAGGAAGAAGUGGACCAAUCAGACAGCUUGUUAGAAGAACCCAAGUCGAUCACUUCAGGGCUCAACCAAUCAGAAGAGAUUAUAGAUACUCAGAAAAAUGACCCAACUCUCAACAGCCAGUCAGAUGCCUUGAUAGGGCUCACUGUGGAUGCAUCGUCUGAAGAUGAUAAUGACCAACCAGAGACUCUCCUGCCGAGUGAGGAUGACACUGCCCAAUCAGAUACCCUGUUAGACUCAGCCAAUACUCCCCUCGACCAAUCACAGACACUCCUAGGUGAUGCAACAGCAGUGGUGGCUAUCGACCAAUCAAAACACUUAUUAGGCUCAGACCCGACUGCCAUUGGCCAAUCUGGCCCCCUGUUGCACGACAGUGAUGGAUUUGACCAAUCAAAUGCAGAGCUUGGGCCAUCAGCAUCUCUGGAAUCAGGAACAUUGCUGUUAAGAACAGGCAGCGAACUGAAAGACAUUGAACAAGAUCAGCCAGUUAGCAAGCGUGCAAGAUUUGAAGUAUAAGAAGAGAAAAAAAUGGUUGUAUGUAUGCAAACUCAUGUGUUUGUUGUGUUGCGUUAAUUUAAUAUGCAAACUCAGUGAAGUUAAUGCAUUUUUGACAGUAUGCCCUACGGCUGCAAAAGUUUUGAACUGUCUUAAGGAUGCAAGUCUUCUUUCCCUUUUUGCCAACUUUAUUAGUGGCAAGACUAUGCCUGGAAUGGUCCACUUUCCACACGGCAGAUGGUACAUGUGUAGCUGAGAGAGAUUGUGGGGCGGAGAUCUCCAUAAAAUCCCAAAUGGAGCUGGCAGAUCAAAAAACUUUAAGGAAGUUUCUUGAAAGUCCUCAGCUGUGAAAGUCACUGACUUAUUGCAGGGCAGCCUCUAAUUUCCGGUAUUAGGUUCAAGUCCGGCUUUGUCAGCCAUAUGGGUGUAGUUUUUUCAGCCUUUGCUUGAUUGCCUAGCUUCACCUCAAAAUCAGUUUUGCAAGAAUGUUUUCCUCCAGUACCCAGAUUAUUACAUUUUUCACCUUGAUAAUUCCUGAAGAAAUUUUGAAUUUUUCUAAUAUGGUACACUGGUUUAUACUGUGCCGAAAUACUUCUUGGUCUAUGGAAAUACAUUCCACAGGCUUCCUGCUUUCAUAUUGUAAAGGAUUUGACAAUCUGUCCGUCAUUUUUUGCAGUCUGGCACAUGGCCAUGACAUGGACAGUCCUUCAGAUGUUGUAUAGACGGUGCAUGUAGUACAUUGACCUUGGGUCCUUGGCAGGCACAGCGAUCCUUUGCCGUAGUUAACCAAAUUUCUGCCAAAUAUAACUGCUUAAUAACUAAUGCCUCUGUCGGGGUGGUUUCAAAGAAUAUGGGCUGGUGGUUUUAGUAAGGGAGGUUUAGGCGCACCAGUUCAGUGCAGCUGCAAAGGUUUGUCCCCCUCUCGAGCAACCCAACACAUGUUCCUCAAAGAAAUUUGUUGACGUUGCUGUCAGCAAGUCCUUUUCCAUGAAUUCUCCAUUUUCACCCACUUCUAGAAUAUGUUUUUAAAGAAUCGGUUUGGUCCUCAAAAAUCGUUUAUCCCCGUUAAAACUAUUUCUUGGGUGUUUGUUUAUGUUGGUUUAAACUGGCACACCACUUUCUGCUACAACUAAAGCAUCUCUGAAGAACCUCAUAUUCAUAGAAGGAACUCAACAAAUCACGAAGGUACUUCACAAGGGGGUACAAUGGGAAUUCAGCUCAGUAGUAAGCACCAAGACAGUAUGGGUGUGUCGACUGAGUGUGUACUCUGAAUGAGAAGGUACAUGAGGAAAUGAACAAAACCAGCUACUAACAUGUGCAGGAAUAUUUAUUAAAGAACUGGGGGGGGGUUCUUUGGAGUCUUCUGCAAAUUCUUGGACAUUUUCAGCAUACUUUUUUCGUUCAAAUACUCCAUUUCUCCCUUCCGGACUUGAAGGUCAAAGUGCGCAGACCUCACUCUCUACAUUUCGAGGCUUCCUCUGAAUUAGAUUUGACAGACCUGGAAUUGUAGGACUGAACUAUAUCACUGGAAUUUCGGCGUAUGGCACAACAGGGUUUGGUCUCUCUCUGUCCCAUUGUAAUAAUGCUGUAGCUGAGAUCUACAUGUUCAUGUGUGGAGAAUCAAAGACAAGGUCAAGUUUGAAAAUGGAGAUAUUUACCUGCAUCAUACAUGUAUCUUGUAAAAAGCAGUGCUUUUGUUGUAGCGCAGGAAUAACGUAUAGCAUGCAACUUUUCAUACAGCUCUUUGCUUCAUCUAAAUUUUAAAAAUUUAGCCUGAGAGUAGUCUGAGAAUAUAAAUGCGAAAUGGGAUUUCCUAUAAAUUGAAGAGGUGUAGUUUUGGAAUAGUAUUUUUCUAACUCUAAUUUUUUUUAACGUAACUUCUGCUCGAAACUGUGAAUGAUUUUUUCCCUUCGACCAUAUAUUGCAGAAUUGCCAAUCUGUUUUAUUUGUUUUGGGCCGUCAAGUAAUUUUGUUAUAGCUUUGCGAAUCAGUAGGUUGGUGCAUACAGUAUCAAAUAGCACUUAGCUGUUUUUUCCUUCAAAUUCUGAGAGGAGGGACGUGGACUAAAACUUCUGAAGAGGAUAUACCCUGCAAACUGUUGAUGAAAAGAUGAUCAAAACAUUUCGUUUCAACAAAAAAAAAUCAAGUUUUUUUUUAAAAUUUAUUUAACUACAUAUUCUUUAUACGCAUGUUAUCACGUGCCGUAGACCUGGCUAUAUAAUAGCGCCCUCUGGAGACCACCCAUGAUUAAUUGGAUUUUUGUUCCCAUUCUCCCUGCCAAAUAAUAACCGAAAACAAAACCUCAUAAAUCCCACCCCUUUGAUCGGGCGGCCCCUUUUCACACCUCCAGUUGCCUAGCACGUUUGGUUCGUCAGUUCUGCCGAUAAAACGAUAAUAUAAAAUAUGAUACUCUUAAAAUUUAUAUACACCAAUAAAUAGUGAUACACGAGGCGCGUCUUAACUUAUUUACAGCAUAAAAAUACCGAUUGUGGACUACGGUAAAUAGUGGUUAUCUAAUAUAUAAUGUACGCACAACAUUUACAUCUUUAAUUGUUAGUGUCUUUAAGUUAAUGCAAUAUUUAAAUACUAGUACAACUUCGCAGUGACUCAAUGAAAUAUACAAUCUACCGUGGCGUAUCGCAUAAAGUUAAUUCAAUUAUAUAAAAAUGGAAUUGCUACUUGUCCGUCAGUAAUAUUUUUCUAUGGCCCUACCAGGUCUUGUCUGUUAGAAAGAAGAGAUGAAGCAGAUGGUUUUCGGGUGGGGUUUGAACCUAUGACAUUUUAUGCAAGCGAAGUAUUAUGUAACCUGUGAUAAGCUAUCUGUCUCUUUUUCCCCUCCCCUCAGGCAACUCAUUGGACAGUGCCUUACAAGUACAACUGAAAAUUUAUACAUAAGAAAAUGUUUACUGAACCGGUAACUUUUGGGAUCGUGGACAACACACGAAGAGAAAAUGGAAAAGCAGACAAAUUACGUCACCCAUGGGAGGAACCUCCCACGCUAUGACAGGCACCUUUCAUCUGUAGCCCACCUUACGCUCCUGAAAGAGCAUUCAGAUUAUAGACAUCGUGCACCCAACACCUGUGCACUUUCCAAGCAAGAAGGAAAGAUUAAAAUGCGAACGAUCCGUUGCAGGUAGGUCAACUUUUCGAAAGACAACACUCCCUAAAAUAUCAAAACAUCGUGUAAAUUCGGCUUUUUCGGCUCUUGUCUUCUUUCCCUUCGCCUGCGUCAGUCUCUCGUCCCCAGAGCUGAGUCGCGAUCCAUUUCGUGGACAUCCCAGUUGUUUUUCAAGCAUUAGUUUUCUUUGCUAUCGCGCAGAUUGCGCUGUUUGCUCGUCCAAUGCCAGUGAUGUUGGGAGUGUAAUUAAGUUUACGGCCGUCAUUUCGAGUCCCGAGAGUCCAACUUUUUUACACCAGAGUUAUUCGACUAUAGAGUAGGAGUUUAUUUGUCUAGAAAAUCUCAGUAUGUGAAUUUUCACGGGAGUGUUUGCCAAUCGAAUCACGUGGAGCGAUGUUUGCUCAUCCUGCUGCGUUGAAAUUUCUGAUCAAGAUAAGUCGGGAUCAUGCUUAACAGACGCGGAACACCGCGAUUGUGCGGGCGGCUGGUAACUGGGAUGGGUUGAAAUUUUGAUAAAAAUAUAGUGUUCAUGUUUGUUUUCCCUUUGGAUGCCGAGGCUUAAGAAUUGAAUAGGUGACCCAAAGUUUCGGUUUGCUUGGACCUUCUACCAACAUUUUGAGAAGCUUCGCUUUGAUCACAGACGCAGACAGCAACAGGUGUUAGUUUAAAGUGACGCAGUCGUUGGUGCCUCUCGUGUAAGCCGAAGCGUACACAGAGUACUGGCCCUAAGCAUGGACACGCACGCACGUAUGCCGGCCUCCAGUCGAGACGUCAUAGUACUGUGCGUCCGGUCCAUCUCGCGCUGAGCUUGUUAUCCGAAUCGAAGGAGAUCGAUUGGUGAGACACGCCGGGGGUUUCCGCUCAAACACAGAGACCCAUAACUGCUGAGAUUUUAAUUCUCCGUGUCGUAUUAAAAAAAGAAUGCGCUCAUCUCCUGCGCGCCGUCUCUGCGCUAAAUUGGCUCGGGCCAGUGACGUCAAAUAAGAAAGGAACCAAUGGGAGUUGUUGUCCCUCGGGAGUUAAUCGUGACGUCAUGCGCUCGCCAAACAAUCUCGCUGUCUGCAGGUAUGGAAUAACCGGUGGCCCACUGCAUUAAGUCAAAACAAUUACACGUCAGGUAUUGACCUCUAACAGAAGACAUCUCUUAUUAUCGGUGACUUGGCUCCUCCCCGGAGCAACGGAGAGGGGCGGGGCAUGUCACAGCUGAAAGUGAUGUAUGUAGCUACCAUUCUCUAAUAAGAAACAAGGAGACUUAAGAAGGGAAACAAAGUUUGAGACUUUAUGGGCUCGACAAUUAUUCAAGGAGAAUGCUAUCUUUGCUCGUGAAAUUUGCACCCCUCGAAAAUUAUGGUGUCCUAGGGCAACCUGAAAUACAUUGUAGUUUUGAGAUCACCAGUCGAUUAAUCGAGACUUCGAACUUCACCCAAAGUUUUUUUGAAAAUGGGAAAGAGAGGCGAAAAGAAUGUGAUCUUGAAAGCAGGUAUCCAAAACACAUCCAAAGCCUGUAAUCACAGUGAGCAUUAUCAUUAAAAGCAGUCAUUUUCAUUUUUAUAUAGAGCAUUGCCCAUUGUCGCAAAGGUGUGACAUUGGAUACUGGAGUGAAAAGUCCUUACGACUAUAAUGCCAAACCAUGCCAAGAUCUUUGCACAAUUUGCACUUAAUACACUGCGUUAUGUUUUUACUUACAAAAGAAAAAUCUACUGAAUUUCCCUCCUCGCUUUUUUGUUAUAAUGCGUAACUUCAUCCGUCAUGCACUGGGAAACGAUUAAGCAGCACUCCAAACACGAGUACUUUCCGGGGACAUGUCAUCGUCUUCAAAAAUAGACGGCUAUUGGCCCACGGGAGGGUCGAAUCCCGCAGCAGGUAAACGGAACUUUACAUUCCUGGAACGAGCCACUUGUACGGCGGACACUCUGAUGGGUAUCCAGGGGGCGGGCUUGGAUGGAUGCCGGGGGGUGAAGUCUUUUCGGCGCAAAUUCGUAGUUUGACUUAUUCAUGACAUGCAGAUAGAGGACUUGAAACCACUAGGAGAGAUAGCUGAGCUCGGGAACACGAGACGGCGUUUGUUAUCCAUGUUACCUUUGCACAAAUCAAUAAGCAAAUUACAGGGAAAACAAAAGUGCACGAUUUCGAUAAAGAGCCUGAACGUGAAAAUGAAUAAAUCUAAUACUAGGUGUUCCCUUUCUUUUAUGUCAGGCUUUCCAGGAAUCUGUGAGAGGAAGGAGAAAGUUUACAAGCCUUCCCACCUCUCAGGUGGGACUUGUACCAACGAUCUCCUAUACGUGAUUGCAUUAUUAUCAUUGUGGCAAUGAAACCAAGGAUUCCUCAGAAAUACCUCAAGGUACGGUAGCCCCAAAGCCUGCAGAAGCCUGUAGAGAGGAGACAAAAGUGGAAAAAGUAACUUUAGGGGGAAGGAAAACCUAGAAGAAUGCUCUGAAUCCCACAGUUCGGUAGAGAACCGACAACCCCAAUCCACAUAUCGGCUUGCGUGGGAUUCGAUCCCACAGGUGAGAGCUAGAGCAAGAAAGAAACACCAGGCCAACUAUGCCAACCUGUCCCACAAAGAAAACCAACCAACCAACCACGCUGCAAAUGUGCAAAAUGACAAACCAAGAAAACUAAGAAGCAGAUGGCAUGCAGAACAGAUAAGAGAUCCCAAUCCAUAGGGAGGCGAUAAUUGCGAAAAAGUACCCACGUGGGGUAGGAGAAGGCCAGUCGCGAAAUCUGACAUACAUGUACAUUACUUCAAAUUUCUCAAUCUUGUGACUAGUAUAACCAUGGUAUAACACAUUAAAUAAUACGCACACGUCAGUCUGUGCGAACUGUAAACGAACAAGCAACAACUUGUGAUUAGUAACAGACACUGGAAUACAUAUAUAUUAGUAUUUAUGAUUGUUAAAAUGGUAGAUGUAAGUUAGGUUGAAUGGAGGGUAAAUUUUGAUACAAGUAUAAAAUUACUUGUCAUAUUCACACUGGUACGCACAAAUUGGCCCAUACCUAAAACAAGCAUUCGAUUGCUGUCUAUAUAGGCUAAUCAGUCUUUUCAGACGUCGGGGCUGGUCACUUGGGAAUUCAUUGUUGCGAACAGUAAGUGGAACCUGGGGUAUUGGCCAUCAGAUCAAGGGGCAUAGAGUGCAGACGGAUCCCUUAAAAGAAUCGUCUUCAGCCCCAGAGCCUGGGCUCCAGGAGAUCCAGGGUCCAGGAAAGUGUGGAGAGACAGGGAAGCUGGGGGGGGGCAAAAAGUUGGCAUAGAGAACACAGUAUACUCCUUGAUAAUCUGGCUAUCUUUGGUUUAUGAUUUAAUGAAAGGGAAGGGGGCCACACCCAGAGGAUAUUCCUUUCCCUUCGUAUGUCGUUCACUGAAAAGUACUAGGUGUAAAAUCAACACUAGGUUUACUAUUUAUAUCGAUACACUCGCCCAAAACGGGUACCACGCAGUGUUUCUUUGGACUGUUAUUACGUGUGUUUUCUUUGUGUCGUGCAACAAAGAAAAGGUACCGUUCUAUGCAGUUAGACUUGAAUGUUGAUGCAGGACAAGUCACUUCAUGGAUCUUUUAGGCCUAUGUUGUUUACAAUAAAUGCUGACUGCUGUUCUGUGUCUAGCGUAU